AUGUCCACUUCCGACUGGUCUUCAAUAAACGGUGCCUCGGUACCAAAAGAAGACCCUUCAACAGAACCCUUCGCCAUAACCGCACCACCCAAGACAGACAUAUGGCGUCGCUCAGAAACGGACGAUGUCUUCAAUGCGCCCACCGUCUUCCAAGAGCUGCCAGCAUCACAGUUCAAAUCCAUCGCCGUCACCGUCUACGCUCCCUGGCACACUCAGUACGAUCAAGGAGGUCUGGUUAUAGCUUUCCCAUCUUCUGCAACACCUAGUCCCGAAAGGGAGACGAAGAAGGCCGAGAAUGAAAGUCCUGAGAAUCCUGUGAGACCGAGCAAAUGGAUCAAAGCGGGCAUUGAGUUCUUCGAGUUGAGUGCUGUGUUGGGAAUUGUUGGGACGGAUCGUUUCAGUGAUUGGAGUCUGGCGCCUAUGAGUCAGGAGUUUCACCAAAAGGCGAGAUUUAAGAUCGAGCGGAAGGAGAAGACUCUGUGGAUCUAUGCGGCGCAGGACGGGGUGGAGAAGAUGAAGCCGAUGCGGGAGAUCAAGUGGGCUUUCAUGGAAGGGCGAGACGAGGAAAAAUUGUGGGUCGGCGUAUAUGCUGCAAAGCCUACGCCCGAGGAUGGAGAGGAUGAUGAGAAAGGUCUUGAGGUGACCUUUUCUGAUUUGGUGAUCGAGAAGGAGGAGUAAGCAUGAUUCGCAUGAUGUAUCGGCGAGGCAUUGACGACUCACGACGUGCUUCGAACUGAAGUACAUCCAGAGGUGCAAGACUCUGAGGCCGGCCUGCAACGGCGUCGUACGGGGCCAAGCAAGAUGGUCGCCGUCAGCCUCUCUGCGAUAUAACAUUAGCUAGGCUGCCUCGAGCAGGCUCGAUUUAUUAGGCUCGUGUGAUCAAAGGUGUGCGGUCAUAGCACAGGCGUCCCACUUCUCUCCAAAUCGCUGGAAACUGUGCAGCUAGAUGCAGAUAGAAUUAGUAGCAACAAUGAUGAAAAUCCUCAGGCCUUAGCAGUGCAAAAGCCUGCUGCCAAG